CUCAGCCGCCGCCUGCUGCUAACAGGGGCCGCGCCCCAGCUCCGUUCUGCAGGAGCGGGUGUGCCCUUUCAUCAUUUGUCAGACUCAUCCGGGGUUGGAGAAGAUCUUCCUUGAAUCAAUUAUGAAAAAAUGUUUAGAAAAGGAAAAAAACGACACAGCAGCAGCAGCUCACAAAGCAGUGAAAUCAGCACUAAAAGCAAGUCUGUAGAUUCCAGUCUUGGGGGACUUUCCAGGUCUAGUACUGUGGCCAGUCUAGAUACAGACUCCACAAAGAGUUCAGGACAAAGCAAUAGUAAUUCUGAUACAUGUGCAGAAUUCAGAGUUAAAUAUAUUGGUGCCAUUGAAAAACUGAAAUAUAAUGAGAGCAAAAGUCUGGAAGGGCCGUUGGACUUGAUAAAUUACAUAGAUGUUGCACAGCAAGAUGGAAAGUUACCUUUUGUUCCAGGUGAAGAGGAGUUUAUUAUGGGAGUUUCCAAAUAUGGCAUUAAAGUUUCAACAUCUGAUCAGUAUGAUGUGUUACACAGGCACGCUCUCUAUUUAAUUGUACGGAUGGUCUGUUACGACGAUGGUCUGGGAGCAGGAAAAAGUUUACUGGCUUUGAAGACAACAGAUGCAGCCUCUGAAGAAUGCAGCCUCUGGGUGUAUCAGUGCAAUAGUUUGGAACAAGCACAAGCUAUUUGCAAAGUAUUAUCUACAGCCUUUGAUUCAGUUUUAAUGUCAGAGAAGUCCUGAUUUUCUUCAGCAGCACAUGACUGUAGUACAAGAGGCCUUUGUGUUGGGAGGAAAUGGGGCUCCUUUGCAAUAGAUACCAUGAGCUGGGUGUAGUUACACACAAAUCUAGGAAAGAAGUGAUGAGCAAAGAAGAGCCGUGCAACCUUGCACAUGGUACUUUGUCAUUCCCCAAACACAACUUGAAGAAACUAUUCCAGCUUCAGUUUCCAGGACAAAAGAGAAUUUUAUAUUUAACUUUUUUCUUUUUUCCUAAAUCAUCUUUUGUAUAUUAAUGUCAAUACUGUAAAAAAUGUAAAAUAAAACUGACACUUGCUUCUAU